AUGGAGGAGAGAGUGGGAGGAAUAGGGCCGACUAGCGAUGGGUUGGAGCGAAGGCUGAGCUGCUGUAGGAGAGAUGAGGGGUGGGGUGGGAGUGAGAUUCGGGCCGGGCUUUGGGUGAAGCAUUUGAAGAUGAAGAGGGACUCGAGGUGUGGGAGAAGGAAGAGCUCUGGGGGGAAGGAGGCUGAUUUCCUGCAUGUUGGGUUUGGAGGGAUGCCGACGUCGAGUCUGGUGACGUGUUGGGUGGUUUUGCAGUCGAGGCCGGGCCAGGAGGAGCCAGGCUGGCAGGGGUUCGGGUGGGAGACUCGCCAGUUGGCGUCGGAGGAGAGAGUGUCCAUGAUCUUGAAUACGGACACUCAUCUGAGAUUUUGUGACGGCCCCUCGGACCAUAGGGUGCAAGAGUGUGCUUUUAAACAUGCUGCCAACUUUCAAGAUUUAUGCUUUGGCCACAUUCACUCUCAUUAA